GCGUCAGCGGCCUUUCAUUGGAGGGACUCGGCUAGCUCUGCUGCUGGGCUAGACUACAUAUAUUGACCAGAUAGGGCAUGGAUGGGGUCAGUUGUAAAUCUAGAGGCGACGGAGACUAGUCAGUACCUCGCUGAAAUGGCCACUGAAUUUAAGAUCCGUUUUUCUGUGGAGAAGACCACAGUCUGACCUUUCAUGAGAACACUCCUAAGAAGCCUGGUGGUCAGCUGACCAUCAUCAGGUGGAACCCGUCAGUCCGAGACAGGGGACAGGAUGGACAAUAUAACUCGGCUGACAUUUGGACGCCACGAAUUCUUGACCAUCCAACCGGAAAUUGCGAUUCCGAUUCUGUUUAUACUUGGACUUGCAACAGUUGCAGGAACCUUAGGAAAUGGUCUGAUUCUGGUGUCCGUGGCAACGAGGAAGUCUCUGCACAACGUGGAGUCUAUCUUCAUCGUCAACCUCGCCUGCUCCGACCUGUACGUGACGGCGAUAGCGGACCCAAUGAGUAUCAUAGCCAAACUGGAGGGCUCCGACUUCUUCGACCGUAUCCCAGGGCUCUGUCGUGUCAUUGGCUCGUUGUGCACGAUGUCGUGUGUGGCGUCUCUCAUGACCAUCGCCGCCAUGAGCUGCAACAGAUACGUCUUUAUCGUCCACCACAGUCACUACAAAUCCAUCUUCAGCACCCGCAACUGCGUCAUCUACUGCGUGUUAUUUUAUUGUGUCGGCAUGAGCUUGGUCCUUCUCAACCUCGCCGACAUCGGCGACCAUUCCUUUGACCACAAGAGCCUUGAGUGUAUUUGGGAGCGCAUGGCAACGUACCCGUACACCGUCGUCUUCUCCGUCGUGAUGGUGUGGAUCCCGAUCUGCAUCACGGGGUUGUCCUACAUGUGCAUGUACCGCCACGUGCGAUCUGUCCGUUUACGGGUACAUAAUGUACGUGCAGCCCACCCAGGACCAACAGAAAAAGCAGCUGAUCUAAAACCAAGUUUCAAACUGGCAAAGACACUAUUCAUCAUAUACCUCGUGUUUUCCGUGUGCUGGAUACCAUACGCGCUACUGAUCGUACUGGACUCACGUGACACGUUCCAGCACGAGCUGCACGUAUGUAUCGUGGUUUUCGCUCACCUCCACCCGUCCAUCAACUGGCUUGUAUAUUACGCCACUAACAGGAAGUUCCACAACGCAUUCAUUGAAAUCCUUGGCCUUGACAAAUGUUCAUCUGUACAACGUCGACCAACACUUUCGACGUCCAGGCAGCUGCCGCAAGGCAGUGGCGAUAACAGGAGAAUGAAGAUUGCUGUAGUUGGUUCCUGUAAUUUGACGCCGAAAUAGUGGACGAAUUGCCAGAAUUGUGUGAGAGGCCCAGCCCCCUUGAAUCCACAAAACGCUUAUUCCCAUGUACUAAGCUCCCCAAGGGCUCAAUGAGGCUACUCUAAGUGCAAGCACAACCAUUUGAGCUAGGCCCCUUCUCCCAGAACAUAGUCAAAAUUAGAUGCUCUGUAUCUCUGUAGAUUUCCUGUAUUUUGGGACCGUUUAUGUUAGAUGUUAUUUGUAACAAAUAUUGGUAACUUUCUCUUGAGGAUUUGUAGGUUCUUUCGUGUAUGAAUCGAAACUCCAAUGAGGAAAUUGUACGAAUCCACGUUUCAAAUGACAUGACCAGUAUCAUGUAAGUAGAAAGUAACCUUGGUUCCCUGAGAACGGAAAUGAAAUCAUUACCCCAUGAACGCAAAACAUUAAGCCAUGUCCACCAAUGAGCAUUUCUUUCACCACUACUGACUGCUGGGGAAUCCCUAUUGCAGACUAGGAGAUUCCCUUUCUGUUUGCCUGUGUCAUCUUUCAGAGGACUUUGGGGGAUAUUGAUGCAUAUUCAGGAUCGCCCAAACCACCUUUCGAUGACGGAAACCGAGAAGGAAUGCAAACCAAUAUCCUCAAUACGUUCAGAGUCUGAAGGUUCGCUCGCCAUUUUGGGGCCCUUUAUCUCGCUGUUGCUAUCUGGAUUAUUAAAACUUAAUGUCUUCGGGUUUCACUUCUAACUCGCAUUUUUCCACCUGUGUCUACCCGUUCUCAGGGUAGCAAUGUUUGAAUCGGACGGUGACUGGCCAUGCCAUUUGAAACAGCUGGCUUUUCCUGACAUAUUUGCCACAGGCCCUCGUGUUUGCGAAGAUU